UUCGGUAACUUCUUGGUGUAUGUUUUUGUGUGUGGAGUUUUGAAUGUUUUCAUAAUUUGCCAUUCUGAAAUAAUAUUAUCCCUUUUAAGUAAACAUCUACAUUGUAUAAACAUUAAAGGCAGUCAUCACAGCCAUGUCGACCAUAACGGGUACUUUUGACACAUCUCAAUGGAUUGCAUUCUUUACAAAAGCUGGUCUCCCACCAAAUGUGGCUGCCAAUUAUGCAUUGAUAUUUUCAGAUAAUCGAAUACAACUUGAUAUGCUGAUGGAUUUGUCAAAAGAAUAUCUUUUUGACAUGGGAAUUAGAAUUAUGGGUGAUGUUAUUGCUAUAUUACGAUUUGCAAAAGAAUUCCAUACCCAGUUAGCAAAAGAAAGGGUUAUUGGAAAGAUGCCAAUGGUCAAAAAUAAAUCAGCAGUUGUGGGGCGGAUGGUCGGCCAUUAUACCUGUCAGUCACCGAAUCGAUUUCCAGUCAAUAAAACAGAAGUGUCUGAUAAUAGAAAGUCCACUGUUAUAAGUUUAAAAAGGCGUUCUGAGGAAGAGCCUAAUGCAAAAAGAAUUCGGAGAGUCCCACCUGAAGAAGAAGGUGCCUACAAAAUUAAAAUGCCUUUAGGUACCACUGAAAGAACACGUAAAAUUCUGCAGCAGAUGCAGGGUUCAAAACGUUCAGUUUUCACUAGGCUUGGAGACAGUGCAGUAAGCAGCUCCACUGACUCAAAGAAAGCUUCAUCUUCGGUUUUUGAACGAUUAGGACCAUCAACCAAAAGUAUUCGUGAUGAUGUCCCAACUUCAACAGUUGUUAAUGAAAUGGAUGGGCUUAAGAAAAAAGGACCUCCAUUAGCAUAUCAAGGUGUUUUGAAAAUGACUGUUGGUCAGAAAAGAACAGUAUCUACAAAUGCACCUAAAAUUGUGAAAACGUCAAGAACUGUAUUGAAACCAAGCCCGUCUCGAUUACAAAAUAUCACAAAAACUGUUAAUCUCACUCGGAUCAAUAGUAUUCUUGAAACAAAUAAACAGGAAAAUCCAUCACAAAUUGGUGUGACCAAAACUGGUUCAAAGUCAGAGGGAAUUUUUGGUCGGAAUAUUAACCUGGUUCGAAAAGCAAAUGUUAAAAGUCGAUUGGGCAUGAAAACAAACAUUCAGAGUUUAGGCCAGACAAAAAUAUCAUUAAAACCAAAGACCAGAAUAGCAGUGAAAACAUCAAGUGUGUUUGAAAGGUUAGGCAGUUUCACAAUAACUGCUCAAAGUUCCAACCAUUCAUCUUUACAUAGGCUUCACAUUGGCGCUACUUGUACUGUUGAACCCUUCCAAAAAUACCCAGAAUGCUGCCAUUGUGACGAAGUCGGUUUUACAGUCAAUGGUCUCAUAGACAGUGGCUUUCUGGGUCCCCCACAAGAAGAAAUCCAGGCUAGAUAA